AUUACUUGAUUGAAAAUAACACUUUAAACUUUCGGUAUUACAUCAAAUGUAAUCCCAAAAGUACAUUACCAUGUAGGUAGCCUACAGCGAAGUGUAAAAUGACAAGUGUAAACAAUCCACCAAUCCAAUACACUGUACACUACAAUUCGAAUAUGAAAUGCAAAAUAACAACACUCGUUUCUAAAUGACAUUAUUGGACCCAGGUUCUUAUAAAAUAUAAUUUUGUAUGACGUAUAACGUUGGGGGUUCUUGCUCCAUCAAUCUCUCAGUUUGAAGACCCCUACUCUAAUGGAGCGCGCUGCUGUGAUCAGCCAAUGACGUGAGCGGCGGGGAAACACUACAGGGACACAGAGACAUGGCAGCAUGAAUAGAGGCAGGCAGUGAACAAGGGGGGAGGAACGGAGGGAGGGAGCUCCUAGGCCCGGGUAGGCUACGGGAAAAUGAGGUAGAGGCGGAGUCUCUCUCUCUCUCUCUCUUCCAGAGAGUUUGCAUCUGUGUGUGUUUCCUCGCUCACUCCUCCUCCUUUAUAACCACCCCACCCCCACCGCUGCCGCCCCCCCCUCUCUUUCGCUCCUCUGCCCGCCCCUGAGUCUGGAGCAGCAGCAGCAGUAGCGACAGCAGCAGUGGAGCUUCACUGCCCUCUCCUCGCCUUCACAGUGCGGGAAUACAGCAGCGGAGAACAGAAUGGACACGGAAGGGAGCCAGAGCAGCCUGUCCUCCGGCACGGACAACUCCCCCCACGACCCCUGCAAAAUGUUCAUCGGGGGUCUGAGUUGGCAGACAACACAAGAGGGCUUGAAGGAGUACUUCUGUAAAUUUGGCGAGGUGAAGGAGUGCAUGGUGAUGCGAGAUCCCGUUACCAAGCGGUCGAGGGGUUUCGGGUUUGUAACAUACGCAGAACAAGCCGGUGUGGAGAAGGUUUUGGCGCAAAACAGACACGAGUUAGAUUCCAAAACGAUUGACCCAAAAGUGGCGUUUCCUCGUCGAGCCCAGCCUAAGCUGGUGACCAGGACAAAGAAGAUCUUUGUCGGAGGGCUGUCAGUCAAUACCACCAUUGAGGAUGUGAAGCAAUACUUUGACCAGUUUGGAAAGGUUGACGAUGCCAUGCUCAUGUUCGACAAAACAACAAACAGACACAGAGGUUUCGGUUUUGUCACCUUUGAAAAUGAGGACGUAGUGGAGAAAGUGUGUGAGAUCCACUUCCAUGAAAUCAACAGUAAAAUGGUGGAAUGUAAGAAAGCCCAGCCAAAAGAGGUCAUGACACCGACAGGCUCAGCCAGAGGCCGAUCCAGAGUGAUGCCUUAUGGGAUGGAUGCCUUCAUGCUGGGAAUCGGCAUGCUUGGCUACCCAAGUUUCCAGACUACUACCUACACCAGUCGCAGUUACUCAGGACUUGCACCUGGAUACACUUAUCAGUUCCCAGAAUUCCAUUUAGAGCGGACUCCCCUCCUGACAUCAGCCCACCCCCCUGAGCUGGCAGCCAUUCCCCUGACUGCAUAUGGACCAAUGGCAGCAGCCGCAGCAGCAGCAGUAGUUAGAGGCUCAACUCCUUCACGCACAGCUGGUUUCCUGGGCACCAGCAGCCCUGGACCAAUGGCUGAUCUGUAUGCUGCAGCCAAUCAGGACUCAGGAGUCAGCAGCUACAUCAGUGCUGCUAGCCCCGCCCCUAGCACAGGGUUCGGUCAUGGUUUAGGCGGUCCUCUCAUUGCUACUGCGUUCACUAAUGGCUACCACUGAGAAGACUCAGGUCACUGAAGAUGGGAGGGCUUCUCUUCUGCUGAUGAGCCAAUCACAAUACUGGCUGCCCUCUGAAGGCACAACCUGAUUGGCCACCCACAGGCUCUCCUAGGCCGCCUGUGGUUCCACCCACCGACUGAAUAUCUUUUUAAUUCCUGAACUCUUGUUUUUUUUGCUGUACUAAUCUCAUUACAACAUAACAUCCAAGUUUAUCUCCUUUUUGUCCUAACAAGUAGAUUCCACCCACUAUUACACACUUCUCUUUUGAAGCUGAAAAAAGAA